AUGGCCAUCAAAUAUCUCGUCUUGCUAUCCCGUCAGGGCAAAGUGAGACUAGCAAAAUGGUUCUCCACCCUUUCACCCAGAGAGAAGGCAAAAAUCAUUAAAGAUGUCACUCAACUUGUGCUCGCUCGGCGGACUCGAAUGUGCAACUUUCUCGAAUAUAAGGACACCAAGAUUGUCUACCGUCGCUAUGCAUCUCUCUACUUCAUCGCCGGUUGCGACUCCACUGACAAUGAGUUGAUCACCCUCGAGAUCGUACAUCGUUAUGUCGAACAGAUGGACAAAUACUAUGGGAAUGUGUGCGAAUUGGAUAUCAUCUUCAACUUCCAAAAGGCAUAUUUUAUACUGGACGAACUGCUACUAGCUGGCGAGCUGCAAGAGAGCAGUAAGAAAAACGUCCUGAGAUGCAUAAGCCAGGAAGACAGCCUUGAAGAGAUGGAGGUUGAGGACGAAGUCACCAAAAUCAUGUAG